UACAGCACGUCGUCAGAAGACGGUUGCAGCUAGUUCUUCUAGCAGCGAGGAGGACGUAUCCUUAGGUGCUGAUCACAGCGAGGAAUCUACGCCAACUUGUGAUGCUGCCUCUUCUAGCGCGGUUUCACAGCGCAGAAGCGGUGUGCCUUCACAGCGGGGUCAAUUCACCCGCAAGUACCAGGCACAAUGGAAGGAUGACCUCUCAAUGUUCACAAACAUUGAGGCUGCAAGGACUAUAACAUUGGCGUUUAAAUCGUCGAUGGAGAUUCCAUUGUUUCAAUGGAGCCAGGUUUCCAAACAUCCUGAGUGGAAACCUAAUAUCGAUGCAUGGUUUAAGCGAUUUCAGAACAAAUUUGAGUGGGAUAGGGCGGACAACAAUGUUGUGAGGAGGGUAUGGGAGAAUCACGCGGCAACUAGGUUGCGUGAUUUUUGGUAUGACACCCAAAAAAAAUCAAAAAGACAUGCGAGGGAUAACGGUCUUGAAGGAUGGAAUGAGGUGGCGGUUUGGCAGGAAUUCAAACCGCCAUUCAUCUCGGGGGAAAUAUGGACGGCAUAUAUUGAGCACGUGACCUCAGAGCGGUUCUCACGGCGCUCACAGUCUGGCGCCGACAACCGGAACCGGCAAAUUUAUGGUUCGGUGACCACGCACACUAGCGGAUCCGUCCCAUUCAGCGCACAUGCAAAGCGGAUGGUAAGAUUAAUUUUAAUGAAAUAUAUCGUUAAUUAAUUUGUCGUUCCUUAUAAUAUAUUUAACUUUCAACCUAUUUUUUCCUUACAGGCUGCGU